CAUGGUGUAAGAUGGACAAAUGAAUUAGCCUGGUAUAUACAUGCACAUAUAUGUAUGUAUACGUGCAUAUACUAAUUCAACAGCAGUAUUUCCAGACUAUCAGAAAUUUAACUUCUCUUCUACUGACUAGAUGCAACCAUUUGACUGUGUUCAGUCUGGAGCUGUGCCUUUGACCAAAUACAAGCUAUUAAAAAAUUUGGUAUGAUUAUUGCUCAACACUAAUAGAUUUUUCUGGUUAUUGUUAUUGUGUUAAACACCAGGCCAUAUCUGAUGGUAUAUUUUGGAGACUUCCACACACACUAAUAGAGAAUGGUAUUUUGGCAGACACACACAACAUGGAAUUGAAGAUCUACCAAUACUAAAAAGUGAGUACAGCGAGUCCUGAUGUGGUGUGGUGGAGUAUAGUGUCAUGUGAUGAAACUCAUUAUGGUAGCAACCACUUGAAGAAGAACUACAUUUUCCUAUAACUACUUUCAAUCAACUACGACCACCCUAGGGCACAAUCUUGCAUCUUGAUAUAUAAAAAAAUUAAAAUUUUUCUGUUACUGUUUCAAUAAUUUGACAGCUACAUGACUAUGCUGUAGUACCGACUCUAUUUUCAAAAUAUAAGAAAAAUUAGAAUUUUUCGGAUAAUGGUCUCAACAAUUUAAUAGCUGCACGACCAAGCUGUAGCAUCUGAAAUAUAAAAAAUUAACAUUUUUUGUUUUGUUUUUAUACCUUUUUAUUAACUGCCAACUUCUCACCCACUUCUAUCCUCAUCACUGCCCCAACUUUCAUUUCUGAUAACAUGCAUCUUCGUAUUCUAUAAAACUUUUGAAAUUUCAUCAUUGACAUUUGAUAUUUGUAAUGGAAAUGGAAGCUUUUAAGUCACUUCUUAUGUAAAAAGAAAAAGGAAAAGAGAAAGUAAAAAGGAAAGAUUUUUGCGUAAUGGUUUAACGGUGAAAGACCGCAAGAUGUUUAGAAAAACAAGAAGAAAACUAAAACUACAGUGAAAAAAGAAACUGUUGUGUUAACCUCAAACACUUUAUGUUAACACUGCACCACAUCUACCCUGCACUCCACCAACACAUGCACACAUUGUUACAAAAUAACAACAUCAACAACAGUGGUGAUUGUAGUUGAAAUGGAUAAAGGAAUGAAAAUAAAAGUCAGAAUUAGGCCCACUACAACAUGAUCAACGCAGCAUGUGUCUUUAGACAAUGUAAUGUAACGUUAUGGAAAUGGAAGCUUUUAUGUUAAACUCAAACACAUCCUCCUCCUCUGCCACAGAUGCGCCAUUUCUCAUAGCUAACAACAAAAACAGCAAGUUCAGCAAUGGAAGUGAAAAUAAAAAUUACAACUCCUACAACAGAUAUUUAAAUGGUUCUAUCACCCCUAACAACAGUAACAGUAAUACUCUUGCUCUUGCAACUUAUGAACCUGUUGUUUCUGGUGGUUUUGAUUAUUCAGCUUCGGUUUCACUUACUAAUGAUUCCACCACUUUUAUUACGAGCAGUAGUGUAAUAGUAUCUAAUGAGGAUGAAUUUGUUAUUCCUUUUAGCCUUGCUGAAAUCAUCUUGAUUUCUUUCAUUCUGGUAGUUUUGUCAUCGACCACAAUUGCUGGUAAUAUAUUUGUAGUUGUAGCUUUCAAAAUUGAGAAAAAACUGCGAACAGUCAGCAGUUAUUUUUUACUGAGUCUAGCAGUCGCCGAUUUUUCGGUUGGAUUAAUAUCUAUGCCGUUUUAUUCUCUGUAUGUUCUCUAUGGCUACAGUUGGCCGUUCGGAUCAGUACUUUGUGAUUGCUGGCUCGCCCUGGAUUACACAAUGAGUAACGCAUCAGUAGCAAACUUACUAAUCAUCAGCUUUGACCGUUACUUCUCGGUCACUCGUCCUCUGACCUACAGAGCAAAAAGAACUCCGAAAAGAGCCGCAAUCAUGAUUGGCUGUGCCUGGGUCAUAUCAAUCCUGCUUUGGUCCCCAUGGAUUUUCUCAUGGCCCUACAUUGAAGGGAAACGUACCGUUCCUUCUAAAGACUGUUAUAUACAAUUCUUAAAAACAAAUUCUUUUAUCACUGUUAUUACUGCAUUAUUAGCUUUUUAUUUACCUGUCUCAAUAAUGAUUUACCUGUAUUAUAAGAUUUGGAGAGCUACAGAAAACCGACAGAAAGGACUCGUCAAUUUGAUUGCAGCCAAACACCUAAAUGGCAGCAGUAGCAACAGCAGCAGCAGUAAAAAACACAACAUUUCCAGUAGUAAAAAAAACACUAUUUCCAGUGAAGAAGAUGAAGAAAUAUCUAGCAACAGUUUUAUUAGCUCUAAACAAAAGAGAAGCAAUAACUUUUGUUCAUUUUCUUCACCUACUAAAAAAACUGAUGGUAGAUUCCAGUACAAUAAUUAUAAUCACAAUAAUGAUAACGAAGAUGAAAACCAACAUCAACAGCUAGGAAAGAAGACCAAAAACAACAGCAAGUGGAAGAAAAGGCUGCCAAAAUGGUUAACAAGUCAUCGGAAUCUGAAUCCGAAUCCUAAUCCAAAUCGUGUCAAAAAACUGUGCUGCCCGAUAAUAGAUCGUGAUGUUGAUUAUAUCGAUGACUCUAGCACAAGUGAUCCACCAGGAUCUCCCCCUGCCAUGAGAGAUCAAGAAUUAUCCCAAUUAAAGUUAACACUGAAAUCGCCAGCUGUUCUGCCAGCAGAUAAAGACAAAGAUGGAUAUUCUUCCCAUUUCAUAUCAGUCCCUGAUAAUAUAAACUCAAUGAUGACCAUCACUCCUAAGUCUUCUGAUAUACAACCAAUGAGAAAAUCCAGCAGAAGUCUAGAUGUCAGUAAUGUUGAUAGAGACCAAGAAUUCUCAAGACUGACACUGAAGUCCUUUACCGUUUCUUUGUCGAGUAAAAAUGGAGAUGAUUGUUCUGAUUUCACACCAUUAUCAAAUAAUUUAAUAAAUACAAGGAAUUCAAAUAUGCUGAAAUCUUCUGAGAGACGCCAAAAUAAAAGUUCUGGCAGCCAAAUGCUUCUUUCACCUCUUAGUGAUACAAAUGUCGAUUUGAAGGGAUAUGUCGAUGAUACUCCUUCUACGAAUGAGGAGGACAUGACUAGUGGUAUGUCAAGUCGGCAGCAUAGUAAUCUGUCUGAAGUUACUGCUGCUACUAUGGUUGACGAAGGAGGAGAAGAACAACAACAACAACAAAAACAACAGCAACAACAAGAAAUGAUUUAUGAUGACCAAAAAGAGAGAUUGAUGUACACAUCUUUAAUUAAAUCAUCUGAUGCUGAUAGCAGCAAUGAUGACAAGAACCUGAACCAACAAAAUAUUGAAACAGUGAAAGGAAAAGAAAAUAAAGAUGAUUCUGAAAUGGUAGAAAGAAUAACAGUAACAAAAGAUAAAGUAAAAGCAAAGUUUGAUAAAACUAAGGUGAACGCAGGAACAUCAAAUUGCGAAAGAAAGACUAAAGAUGUUACUAAUAUUGUUGAGAGAGAUAACAAUAACAAGAAAUGGGAUGAGGAUGAUGGCAAUGUUUUGUGUAAUGGCAAAGCUUUUUGUCAUGACAGGUUAGAGCGUGGAGCAAAGUUUGCUGAAAAUGAACAGAAAGAACAAAUGAUGAAUUUUGAAGCAAACAAAGAUGCGGUGAUUAGUAUUGAUGAUGUUGAUUGUACUGUAACAUAUAAUAAUAACAACAGGGAAUGUUAUAAACCUAAAGAUGAUGGUAGUACUUCGUAUCAUGCUAGAUCAGGGCUAGAGUUAAAAGCAAAGAUGGACAAAACUAAACAAACUGAGGAAAUGUGGACUUGUGAAAGAAAAUACAAUGCAAGUGCUGUUGGUAUUGACAAUGUUGAUAGUUCAAAGACUGAUAACCAUAACAUGAAAUGUGAUGGGUCAGAGUUAAAAGCAAAAUGUGGCAGAACUGUGCAGAGAGAAAAGGCAGCAAACUUUGAAGCAAAAAACAGAAAAUGUGCACCGAUUAGUGUUGAUAAUGUUGAUAGUAUGAAUAUGGAUAAUAAUGAUGGAAAAUGCAGUAAAGAAGAAGGCAGUAAUGAUUUGUGUAGCAGCAGAUUUGAGGGCAAAGUAAAAUUUGUCAAAAGCAAACACAAAGAAGAAACGUCAGAUUCAGAAAUAAAGGAUGAACAACAAGAAAAAAUGGCGGUGGUGAUUAGUUUCGAUGAUGACUGCGAUGGUGUUGAAAUAGAUAGCAACAAUUUAAAAUGCAAGAAAAAUGGUGGUGAUGAUGAUGAUGAUGAUGAUGAUGACGACGAUGGUGAUGAUGAUGGUAGUGGUGACAACGACGCUGGUGACAAUAGUAACAGUCUGUGUUUGGGUAGUGAUAAACAAUGUAAGAGAAACCAGUGUAAUUCAAAUCAUGUUAGAUUAAAGCUCGAGAAAGAACCUGGACUGGAUGUUGUAGGCUCACUUGAACAGAACAGCUUACUUACUCCCUCGCCUUCUUCAUCUUCACCACCUACAUCACCAGGUGAUAAGUUACUGCUUGUACAUCAGGGAAGGAAAAAUGCAGCCAUGACAGAUGACAGCGGUUUGCAUUUAUGCAAUGACAGACAACAUGAGAGAAACCACAAAAAUUCGUGCCAUGUCCACUUAGGGAUAGAAAUAACCCAAGACGAUGUAGACCCAAUCGAACAAAAUAAUACCACCUCCUCUCCAUGGUCUUCUUCACUACCUUCACCACUUGGAUCAAUAGAUACGCCAUUGCUUGACAGUCAGAACACUGGGAAUAAAGCAAUAAUGAAAAACCGACAACAGAGAAACCAGGAGCAAAAAGCAACCAAGAUGGAUGACAGUAGUUUGUGCGAUGAAAAAAUAUACCAAAAUAAAAGCUGGGAAAAUUCAUGUAAUGUUAGGUCAGAGGCAAGGACGAAUGCUGAUCAACUGAUUGAAUCAAACCAAUUGAACAUUAUAACUUCUCCAUCUUCCUCUUCUUCUUCCCUUCCCGCCCCCUGUUCAGCAAAUAUACCACUGCUUGAUCGUAGGAAGAUUACAGAUUCAGAAAGAAUCACAACGACACGACAGACUCACGUUACCAACAAAGUCUGGAACAAAGCACGUUCACAGCAGGAUAAGAAAAUGCGAUGCCAGGAUAAAAAAGCUGCAAAAACCCUAACUGCUAUACUCCUGGUGUUUAUCAUCACCUGGACGCCUUACAAUAUCUUUGCAGUUCUGCAAGUGUUCUGUGAAGGUUGUAUUAACAACACAGUAUAUGCUAUUGGUUAUUGGUUAUGUUACUUAAACAGCACAAUAAACCCAUUCUGUUACGCUUUAUGCAAUGUGAACUUCAGAACAGCAUUCAUGCGCAUAAUCUGCUGCAGGCGUAAGAGCCGCCCUGUGCAGAGGAUCACAUAUACUCGACGCCACGGCUACUACAAAUACCAUUAUUAUCUACAAAAGCAGGAUGAACCAACAAGAACUUCUUGUGAACCCAGCAAAACUACCAAAGCAGCAGGAGAGGGAACGUCUGCAAGGUGGUAGGUUGGCCAGCUAGAAACAGCAGCCAAAUCUCCCUUGAAUUACAGCCUGUCUUCUGAAAUAAGGAACCAAGACACUGAAUUGUCUGUUUGUAGAUAUAUAAGAUGGGAUGGUCACAUUUGGAACGUUUUUAUGCAUAGCUCUGCUCCAUUGCUUGGGCUGUUAGAGAUAGCAGCCAAAUCUCCCUCAAAUCACAUCCUAUCUUCUGAAAUAAGGAACUAAGACAUUGAAUCAUCUGUUUGUAGAUAUAUAUGACAGGGAUGGUCACAGAUGGAAUGUCUCUGACCAUAAGUCUGCUCCAUUAUUUGGCUUGUUAGAAAUAGCAGCCAAAUUUCCUGCAAAUCACAUCCUAUUUUCUGAAAUACAGAACCAAGACAUUGAAUCAUCUGUUUGUAGAUAUAUAAGAUGGAGAUGGUCACAAGUGGAAUGUCUCUGACCAUAGGUUUGCUCCAUUAUUUGGCCUGUUAGAAAUAGCAGCCAAAUUUCCUGCAUUAUGAAAUAAGGAACGAACUCAUUGUAACGUGUAGUUGUAGAUAAAUAAGAAGAGGUGGUCACAAUUGGAAUAUCUUUAAUUGUAGCUCUACUCCAUUGCUUGGUUUGCUAGAAAUAGCAGCCAAAUCACCCACAAAUCACAUCCUACAUUAUGAAAUAAGGAACAAACUCAUUGUGUAUUCUAGUUGUAGAUUAACAGGGUGAGAUGGCCAUAAAUUGACUGUCUUUGAUCAUAUGGCUGCUCAGUCAAUGUUGACCUGGGGCUAAAAAUGUAUGUAUAUAUGUAUAAAGAAAUUUCAAUAUGGUCAUUUGAUAUGUUAGAUAUAGCAACCAAAUGUCCCUUGAAUCACAUCUUAGUGUCUUAAAACCUGGAAGGACACACUGGACAAUGUAAUCUGAGGUAUAUACGAAAUAAAUAUGAUGGUCACAAUUGAAA